CAUCACCGAAACCAAAAUCAAUAUGGACGCUACUGCUUCAAAAGUAGAAGUGAGAGGUUUGAAAAGACCCCUUGUCGAAGAUUAUAGCGACGAAGAGGAAGAAGAAGAGCAAUACGUACACAAAGAUGAGUUUGUCGACAAAAGUAGACAAUGCCCAUACCUUGACACCAUUAACAGACAAGUUCUUGACUUUGAUUUUGAGAAAUUAUGUUCCAUAUCUCUUUCUCAUACCAAUGUAUAUGCUUGCCUAGUAUGUGGAAAAUAUUUCCAAGGCCGUGGUAAACAUUCUCAUGCAUACACUCAUAGCGUACAAGUUGGUCAUCAUGUUUUUCUUAAUUUACACACACUCAAGGUCUAUUGCCUGCCUGACAACUACGAAGUAAUUGAUUCAUCUUUAGAUGACAUUAAGUAUGUGCUUAAUCCAACUUUUCAUAAGUCAGAAGUGAUGCAACUAGAUAAAACAAAUAAACUGUCAAGAGCAUUUGAUGGCACAACCUAUCGACCAGGUGUUGUGGGACUAAACAACAUCAAAGCCAAUGAUUAUCUCAAUGUUGUUUUACAGGCAAUGUCAUUUGUUCCCACAAUUCGUGAUUUCUUUCUGCGCGAAGAGAAUUAUAAAAAUGUAAAAAUGCCACCUGGAGACAUCUCUCUUAUAUUAGCUCAAAGAUUUGGUGAAUUACUAAGAAAACUUUGGAAUCCAAGAAAUUUUAAAGCACAUGUCAGUCCUCACGAAAUGCUACAGGCAGUUGUUUUAUGUAGCAAAAAGAAAUUUCAAUUUACAGAACAAGGUGAUCCUGUUGAGUUUCUUUCCUGGUUUUUAAAUGCUCUACAUUCCAUCUUGAGACGAGGAUCAAAGUCUGGAAAAUCAAGUAUUAUUCGAAGCAUUUUUCAAGGAAAAAUGAGAGUCACUAGUAGAAAGCUACCACCUACAGAGGAUGAAGAAGCAGUAAGAAAAGAAGACAAACUACGAGUAGAUAACGAUGAAUAUAAAGAGACCGUAACAGAAACACCAUUUUGGUAUCUCUCUCUUGACACACCACCUGCACCGCUGUUCAAGGACGAAAUGCAACAGAACAUUAUACCUCAGGUCUCAAUUUUUGCGUUGUUAAGUAAAUUUGACGGUAUUACUGAAAAGGAGUACAAAACAUACAAGGAAACAUUCGUGAAAAAGUUUCAACUUACAAAACUUCCUCCUUAUUUAAUAAUAGUGAUCAAGAGAUUUACAAAGAAUAUUUUCUUUGUUGAAAAAAAUCCAACAGUUGUCAACUUUCCUGUGAAAGAAGUUGACAUGGUUGAAUAUUUAGCUCCGGAAUGUGUCAAAGAUAACCCAAAUACAAUGUAUGAUCUUAUUGCUAAUGUCUGUUAUGAAGGUCAAACAGAGGCUGAAGGUAAAAUUAGCAAGAACUAUCGUGUCCAUGUGUUUCACAAGGGUGCUAGUCAAUGGUAUGAACUUCAAGAUCUGCAUGUCAAAGAAAUACUUCCUCAAAUGAUUACCUUAUCAGAUUCUUAUAUUCAGAUUUAUGAGUUGCAGAAAAGUUGAAAGAAAAUGGGAGAUGUAUAUACAUGUGUCACAUAACAUAGCUAUAAAAUUGUACUUGUUUUUGUUAAUGCAAUUAUAAUUUUGACUCUUUUGCAA